AUGUGGAAGCCAGUUCCUCUCCCCUACAAGAGUGACUCCCUCCCUCUACCUGCUAUUCCUACCGCUGCCGAAAUCCGGGCAUGCACCAAUGUUUUAUGGGAUGGAGCCCACAGAAUCGUUGCGUUGAAUGAGGACGUUGUCGUCAAGUAUGAUGGCGGCCUAGAUGCCACGGAAGGCCAGAACCUGAUCUACCUUGAACGAUACGCUCCUAAAGUGCCAGCCCCCCGACUCUACGCAAUGUUUGAGGAAGACGGCAAGACCUACCUGAUACUACAGCGCAUCCCGGGAGUCCCACUUGACUCUAUUUGGAAAUCCUUGACCGUCUCCGAAAAAAACGGCAUUACUGCCAAACUCAUCCCGGUGUUUGAUGCUAUGCGGGAGGCUGCGUGUCCCUGGCCGGACUUUUAUGGUGGCUUGGAUGGCGGUCGAGUCCAUCACUGGUUGUUCUACAGUCAGAAAAAAAAGGACUUCAAGUUCCUGGGCCCAUACUAUGGCGAGGAUGCCUUUGUUGCUGGCAUGUUGCAGAACUUCAGAGUUUCCACUGAGCGUUGUGAGCGGCCGGACUUCAAGGCCCGCUUUUAUGAGAAGUACCUUCCUCAAGUGCUUCGGGGGCACCGGCCUACAUUGACGCAUUCGGAUUUCCACCAGAAGAAUAUUUUAGUUAUAGAGAAUCCUUGCCCAGACAACCAAGGAGAGCGAUCAUUUGAGGUUGUGCUUAUAGAUUGGGAAGAUGCGGGCUGGUAUCCUGAUUUUUGGGAAUUCUUCAUGGCGUCUGACCGGAAUGUUUUCUCCUUUUGUGAUGAGGACUGGUUCUGGCAUAUGCAACAGUUUCUUGAAGUAUGGCCUGCUGAGCUGGGUGUGAUGCGUUUGUUCGAGAAGGAUAUGCGUGGUCACUAA